UUUUUUUUUCCAAAUACGAACCUGCGUCUUGAUUUUUUUUUUAAAACAAACAAACCCGCUCCCCCCCCAAUAACCCCCCUCCGCACACAAGCCUGCCUCUGAGAGGGAAAUAGCCAGGUGGAAUCUCACUCUGUUUCCAUGGACAACCCGUCCAUUAUCACCCAGGUGACUAACCCCAAAGAGGAGGAGAUCCUGUCCUGCACUCAGGAUAAAGUGUCCCAAUGUAAUAUCAGCUUGAAGAAGCAGAGGAGUCGAAGUAUCUUUAGCACCUUAUUCUGCUGCUUUCGUGACUACAAUGUCGAGCCACCAUCCACCAACAGCACCAGUGCUCUGCCUCCUUUGGUGGAGGAGAAUGGAGGACUUCAGAAGGGUGACCAGAUGCAGGUCAUGCCUAUACCAAGUGGAAUUUACUAUUUCCACGGGACUGAAGCAGUGCAGCAGUCGUUCCACUACAAGCCACCAGCUAAAUACCUCCUGCCAGAACUGACAGCAUCAGACUAUGGGAAGAAGUGUGUGGUCAUUGAUUUAGAUGAAACUUUAGUGCACAGUUCAUUUAAGCCAAUUAGCAAUGCUGAUUUCAUCGUUCCUGUUGAAAUUGAUGGAACCAUACAUCAGGUUUAUGUAUUGAAACGACCACAUGUGGACGAGUUUCUUCAGAGGAUGGGAGAGCUCUUUGAAUGUGUACUCUUCACAGCCAGUCUAGCCAAGUAUGCAGACCCAGUAGCUGACUUACUGGAUCGCUGGGGUGUGUUCAGGGCAAGGCUCUUUAGAGAAUCCUGUGUUUUCCACCGAGGCAAUUACGUGAAGGAUCUGAGUCGACUGGGCCGUGAGCUGAGUAAAGUUAUCAUAGUGGAUAACUCUCCUGCAUCUUACAUCUUCCAUCCUGAAAAUGCAGUGCCUGUGCAGUCCUGGUUUGAUGACAUGACAGACACAGAGCUGCUAGAUCUUAUUCCUUUCUUUGAAGGACUAAGCAAAGAGGAAGAAGUUUACAGUAUGCUUCAUAAACUCUGCAACAGGUAGCCCUUAACUCUGACUGACUCCUGCUCCUAGAUUGCAGUGCUAGAGGCUGUCUCCAUCUCUUUCAGCUCUUUCAAAUGUAAGCUUGGGGAGGUCACCCCAGUCAGAAGUGCUACUCUUGAUCUUCCUGUUACAUUGGACACGAAGGACAAUCAUGAGUGAUGCUAUUAAGCCUUCAGAAGCCUGACUCCUAAGGUCAUGUGUUCAGACUACUUUUUUAAAGGAAAAAAAAAAAAAAGCUAUUUUAAAUGGGACUCUUUUAAUUAAUUUCAUAAAUGGACAUCUUUUACUGGAUCAGCUUUUCUUAAAACAUGCCAAAAAAAAAAGAAGCUUGUAUUUCAGCAGUUGAAUUUCUCUCCCUUUCUUCCCCUCCCACUAUGCAGACAAUUUUACCCCCCUGCUUAGAGCAGUUGACCUGACUCUGAAUUUUUUCUUACAGAAUGAAGUGCCUUUUUGAAUGUUAUUUUAAGAUAAAAAUUCAUUUUUGUAUAAGACGUAUUUCCAGACAUCUUUUAGUCUUGUAUUGUCUAAAUGCUUUAAAAGGAAAAAGGAAAAAAAAAAAUUUAUAGAGCACUGUAAUAUAUAACAAAGGAAAAAGUUGAAAGCAAGAUGCUGGGUUCCUGUCUCCACGAUGACAAUGAGUUGUGUUACACUUUGUCAUGCUCAGAAGGUUCAGGCGGUCGUGGGAGGGGUGAACUGGGGUCAUUAACAUGGUUGUUUCACUGAUGAGGCUUUUGGGCACAGUUUUAAAACAUAUCUGCAGUUGUUUUGAGUGUUUAGGGAGUGAUGGAGUUGAGGAAAUGAGGUGGCUGAUAGACCUAAAGCACCUUUAAUGCAGACAGAUGAAGUUCUGCUGUCUCUGCUCACGCACAACUGCCAUGCCUCUUCUUUUUUGGAAAACCAUUCUCUUGGGAGAACAGCAAGAUCUAUUUAUUAGCUUCAGAUUCUUUUCUCAAAACAACCCAUCUGGGGAAGCUGGAUCUACAUUGAGCUGUUUGGAGUACUUUUUUCUUUUCAUUGCUGCUACUGUAUGCUCACCAAAUGGAGUUGACCAUCGGCUGUUAUACUGUUUUUGCCACUGUGCCUGUGCUAUGAGACAUGUUCUGUAAGCUGCAAACUUGGGCAAUAAAUAAAAAUGCAGGCUUCAUAACCCACCCCCAUGGAUUAAUCCAUUGGUAUCUGAUAUACCAGUUAAAGGUGACCUGUAAAGGAUUUUUUUUUUCAAUUAAGAUGAAGCCCUCUCCUUUCUUUGAUACAUGAAAAUGCAGGAAGUUUACUGCCCACACCUUUGAUUUGUAUUUCUUUUUCCCCAAGGUGUGAGGUGCAGAUUAUGAGCUGUAUCAAGUCUUGCUGAAGGGCAGAAGUUACUAGCCUAGAGUAAAAUUGGUCCUCUGGCUUUGGAGUUGAGUUAGACUCAUCUCUGAAUCUGAGAGCCUGCUUAACAUCUUCUGCAGUGCCAUAGGGAUUUCAGAUGAAUGAUUUUUAAAUAUUUUAUGCCUUUGAACAACAAGGCACCUUUUUUUCCCCUCCUCCUUUCCAGUGUCACCUUUCAGUUAUUGUCCACAGCAGAAAUCUGCAAACAUAAAAAGUGCAGCUGUGUUUGGCUGUCAUCAGAGAAGACUAAAUGGAUUAUUUGGUGCUUCUAAUUAGCCUCGUGCUAAAUUCUGAAUUGUAGACCCCCUUUGCCUUUUCUCUUUUCCUUGAAAACUCCCAGGGACUUGGGAAAAACACAAAUUCCUUUGUGAUGGACCCGGGGCUUGUGAUCCUCAGUCUCAAAACCAUUGGUGAAGCAGCUUAACAAAUCCAUCUGAGAGGGGCAGGCCAGUCUGCACAGGCAGUGAGUGGGUGGUGGUGGGUGCAGUGUCAAACUGAGCCCCCCUUGCAGUGCAGCUGUGCUCCAGCUGUGCUCCAGCUGUGGCUGGGCCCAGGGGUGCUGGAGGCAGCCCCAUCACACCCGUGAGUCUCUAGGGCAUCACCCUUUUGUUUCUUAACCAGCUGGCAUCACCUCAGUACUGUAUAAAUCUGUGCCACAACAAAAAGACAAAAGUGUCAGGUUUGAAAAUGAAAAAUCUUAAAAAAAAAAAAAAAAAAAAAA